UCGGAGCGGGAGGCCGGGAGCCGCUGGCCCGCUGCGCCCGGAGCGAGUCUCGGAAAUGCCCGCGCUGGGGGAGCGGACACCGGCCGCCCCGUGGGCCCCAGGGAGAAGCUGAAGGUCGUCGGGAAGUGAGCGCCCAGUCACCUGACCCUCGGGCGCACCUAGGCGGGGCGGGGCCCAUGCAAGGCGGGCAGCAGCGGCCGAGGCGCGGGCAGCGCAGAGCGCGCGGAGCUGGGGCGGCGGGGACGCGCGGCGGGCGAGGGCGCGGCUGGGCACCGCCGGCGGCCUCGCCAUGUCCCAGCCGGCAGGGAGGAUGCAUUGCCGAAAGGCGGGGAUCCGAGCCGCCGUGGUGCUCAUUGGACUCCUGCACAAAUCUCGAAAACAGAAUAAAGAGAAAAGGAAGCAGGAGCUGGCUAACAGCUCGGAUGUGACCCUCCCAGAUCGGCCACUGUCCCCUCCUCUCACUGCUCCCCCGACCAUGAAGUCUGCGGAGUUCUUCGAGAUGCUGGAGAAAAUGCAGGGAAUCAAGCUUGAAGAGCAGAGGCCAGGACCCCAGAAGAACAAGGAUGACUAUAUCCCAUAUCCCAGCAUUGAAGAGGUUGUGGAAAAAGGAGGCCCAUACCCUCUGAUCAUCCUGCCUCAGUUUGGAGGCUACUGGAUUGAGGACCCAGAGAACGUGGGUACUCCAACGUCACUGGGCAGCAGCGUUUAUGAGGAGGAAGAAGAGGACAGCCUGAGCCCCAACACAUUUGGCUACAAGCUUGAGUGCAGGGGUGAAGCCAGGGCCUACCGCAGGCACUUUUUAGGCAAGGAUCAUCUAAACUUUUACUGUACUGGCAGCAGCCUGGGGAAUUUGAUCCUGUCCAUCAAAUGCGAGGAAGCUGAGGGCAUCGAGUACCUUCGGAUCAUCCUCAGGUCCAAACUGAAGACAGUGCAUGAGAGAAUCCCCUUGGCUGGAUUGAGCAAGUUGCCCAGCGUCCCUCAGAUCGCCAAGGCUUUCUGUGAUGAUGCAGUGGGCCUGAAAUUCAACCCUGUCUUGUACCCCAAGGCUUCUCAGAUGAUCGUGUCCUAUGAUGAGCAUGAUGUCAACAACACUUUCAAGUUUGGGGUCAUUUAUCAAAAGGCCAGGCAGACCCUGGAGGAGGAACUAUUUGGGAACAAUGAGGAGAGCCCAGCUUUCAAGGAGUUUUUGGAUCUCCUGGGGGACACCAUCACACUGCAGGAUUUCAAAGGCUUCCGAGGAGGCCUGGAUGUGACCCACGGACAGACAGGGGUGGAGUCGGUGUACACCACUUUCCGGGACCGGGAGAUCAUGUUCCAUGUCUCUACCAAGCUGCCCUUCACGGAUGGUGACACCCAGCAGCUGCAGAGAAAGCGGCAUAUUGGGAAUGACAUCGUGGCCAUCAUCUUUCAAGAAGAAAAUACACCGUUUGUCCCAGAUAUGAUCGCGUCAAACUUCUUACAUGCCUACAUUGUCGUUCAGGCUGAGAGCCCAGGCACAGAGACUCCAUCCUACAGGGUCUCAGUCACUGCGAGGGAAGAUGUGCCUGCCUUUGGCCCCCCUCUGCCGAGCCCGCCUGUUUUCCAGAAGGGUGCGGAAUUCCGGGAGUUUCUGCUCACUAAGCUCACAAACGCUGAGAAUGCUUGCUGCAAGUCGGACAAGUUCGCCAAGCUGGAGGACCGGACCCGGGCGGCUCUCCUGGACAACCUUCAUGAUGAGCUCCACACCCACACUCAGGCCAUGCUAGGCAUGGGCCCAGAGGAGGACAAGUUUGAGAACGGGGGCCAUGGAGGAUUCCUGGAGUCCUUUAAGAGAGCCAUCCGCGUGCGCAGCCAUUCCAUGGAGACCAUGGUGGGUAGCCAGAGGAAGCUACAUGGUGGGAACAUUCCUGGCAGCCUCAGUGGGGGUAUUGUCCACAACAGCAUGGAGGUCACCAAGACUACCUUCUCGCCUCCAGUGGCCGCAGCAACUGUGAAGAACCAGUCACGGAGCCCCAUCAAGCGGCGGUCGGGACUCUUCCCCCGCCUGCACUCAGGCUCUGAAGGCCAGGGGGACAGCCGGACACGAUGUGACAGUGCCUCCAGCAUCCCCAAAACCCCAGAUGGUGGACACUCUUCUCAGGAGAUAAAGUCUGAGACCUCGUCAAAUCCCAGCUCUCCAGAAAUCUGUCCCAACAAAGAGAAACCCUUCAUCAAGUUGAAGGAGAACGGCCGUGCCAAUAUCUCCCGCUCCUCCUCCAGCACCAGCAGCUUCAGCAGCACAGCAGGGGAGGGCGAGGCCAUGGAGGAGUGUGACAGCGGGAGCAGCCAGCCUUCUACAACCUCGCCCUUCAAGCAGGAGGUGUUUGCCUACAGCCCGUCCCCGAGCAGCGAGAGCCCCAGCCUGGGGGCCGCGGCCACACCCAUCAUCAUGAGCCGGAGUCCCACAGAUGCCAAAAGCAGGAACUCUCCAAGGUCAAACCUGAAAUUCCGCUUUGAUAAACUCAGUCAUGCUAGCUCCAGUGCGGGUCACUAAUGCAAAAGUGAAGACCUUCCCUUGUCCAAGGGAAAUGUGAAUUCUGGCCUACAGAAGGCUCCUAAUUCCAGCAGUUUGGGGGUGCCAUCCACUACUCUGACCGUUCAGGCCUGCUGUCUCACUGGCCACCUGCCCAGCAGACCAGCUGUCUGUUCCACGUCCUGACAUGGCCAUGACCUUACCGGAUCCUUCUCCAGACCUGAAAGCCCCAACCUGUAUUUCUGACCCCCUGAUGUGACCGGCUACCUGAGUCAAUUGUUUUACAAGCAGGAAAAGAUCUGGGCAAGGGGGCCUCUGAGUCCCAGGGGACUCAGCGAGAAGCUAGGGAGCUUGUCUGCCCCAGAGACAGAGUUGGGUUGUGUGGUGGGGAGUGGAGGUGACUGCAGAAUGGUGGGUGGGUAUCUGUCUUGGCCCACAGUGCAGUGCCUUUCUGGACAUGGUGGAAGGGCUGCUUUUCCAGGAAUAUCUCAGCAUCCUCCAGGUUGAAUCUCACUGCAUUUCUGACACAUCUGCUGGCCCAGGCCUAGGAGUUCUGUCCCUGCUGCCAGGGUCCCCUGAGGAGGCUCAGGCUGGUGGAAGCUUCGAGUCAGAGCUAGGUGUUCCAGGACCCAGCUGCAUGCUUCCUUGUCUGUAGUCUCAAGGUUUCUCCUUUCUAAUUCUACACAAGCUGCUGAUCAUCUUUGUGGUUGGAGAGGCCCUGGUAGUGGUCGGCCAGGAGUGUGGAGUCCAGGGUGAACACACGCCAGUGCAGGGGCCUCUGGGUAAGGAGGCUCAUUAGGAGUUCAGGUCUCCACUUUUGUGAGAAUUUAGAAAAGGCACAGUUUAAGCCAUCUCUUAGGUGAGAGAGGGGGGAAAGAUGUAGUGGAAAGAUGACUUGGCGAGUUUUGGUCAGUCUAGUGUGUGGUGGUUGAAUUUAGUGUUGGAAACAAUACAGUGUUCUUCCACCUCUGUGUUCCUGUCAUCUGUGAAGGGACUGGUGAUGCUUGGGGGCUGCUUCUAGGCUCAGCCCCCCACUUUUCUUGCUUCCAUCUCCAACUGCAGGUUUCUAGGCCAUUGUCCCAUCUUCAGGGCCCCCGGGAGCCAGACCCCACGAGCCUGCCCUUUAGGCCACAGACCAUCUGUACUUCUUGCCAUGGCUGCCUUCUCUGGGUGAGCCGGCUCAUCCUGAGGAGAUGCCGUUGACUCCUCAGCCUUCCAGGUUUGCAGGGCUGUUCUGCUGCUGGGUGUGGAGCAGAGCAGCCACCAGGCUAAACACUGGCUCUACACAGCAGGCACUUGAAGAUCCCACCCUGCUAAGUACACAUAGGUCUGUGGCACAGGACUGCUCCGUUCUGGGCUCCUGUUUCAGCGAGCAGAUGAUAAGAUUUCCAACUAAGUGCGUGGUCUGCCUAGGCUCCUAUUCCCAAGCCAAAGUACAGAAGGGUGGGACGCCUUUGGGGUUGGUGUUGUAACCGUGUUCCUGCUGCCUUUGUCAUCGGAGCACAAUUUUGAUCCACCCCACCCCACACACACUUAUGUUCAGCCAGGGGAGAGGGAGCUCUCCCCUCACUCCACUCGGGAAACCUGCUUACAUGAAAUACGAGUUUGGUAAGAGUUGUUCUAGUUAGAAGGUCAACAGAGUAUCUGUUUAUCUUUUAUUAAAAGCCAGCCUAGCGGCACCCGGGCUGCAAGGAGGCGGGUGGAUUCUGGCAGUGUUCUGCUGGCAGGUUUCUGCUUGAACUUGAAAGGUCAAGCUGUGUUUUCUUUGAAACUAUUACAGGACUCUGGCUCCCUGCUCUGUGCUGGACAGUUUUACCCGCUUGGUGGUUUGCGUUGUGUUGCAUUGUGGUCUGGGGCUCUCAGGGGCUUCCAGGUUGUCCCAUGCUGCUGGAAACCUUAUAAGCCUUGUCCUCACUGCUUUGGCUACUCUGCCUGCAGGCAUUACCUCUGGGCCAGGGGAAGGGAUGGAUGACUGUGUACAGAGGAACUGAGAGGCCCUGGCUGUGGUCUUCAUCCUUGGUUUGUUACUGAGGUACCCUGGGCAGGGUAUGAGAUUCCCCUGCCCUCUGCUCAUGCCUCUCUCCAUCUAGCAGGCCAUGCUGUGGCUUCCAGAGUAGGUACCGCCAGCCUAACUCGAGUUCUCUGCUUAAUGAACGGGAGCAGAAUAAUGGUAGGACCCAGCCUCCUCUCAGCUCUCUGGGUUGGAGAAUGUUCCUCCCACACUCUGAUGUGGUCUUUCAUGGCUGUACCCAGUCUUACUGAGGCCCCUUCAUGUGACUGAGCUUCUGUAGAUGAUACUUCUACUUAGAUUUGGGGGAACAUUUCCACCAUUACCUCCACAAGGGGUUCUCCUGGUCACAGCUCUGGAAACUAUAUUCAGAUGCCCCCCAGCUCUGUUGAUACACCAAAAGCAGAUGUGGGCGAGCCCCAGAUAGAAGGCCUUAGCCAGAGUUUCUUUCUGUGAUAAUGAAUGCCAAAUGGUGUUUCUUGGAAGACAAUCCGUGCUUCAGUUUUGUGGGCACCAUUUGAUAACUCAAACCUUCUGGCCCCCUGUUUGCAUCUCAUCAGACUGUGUCAUCCUCCAGAUGAGUGGCAAGAACUUGCCUGAGGCCACACAGUGGCCUCGUGGCAAAGCUGUCAUUAGACCUGCAACUGCCUUGGGUCCAUUCUUGCAUACCAACUCAACUUACUGUUGGUGCAGCAAGCAGUUGCAUUUCCUGGAGCUUGGGUUUUGAGGAAGCCUGGUAGCUGGGGUCUCUGCACUGGCUGGGUGGUGCUGGGGUGGGAGGGUGCUGAUAGGGCCUCCACCUCUGCUGUUUUCCAGCAUGAGAAGUCUUGGUCAGUGAGGACCCAGGGGCUUGGGUGAAGGAAAUGGAGGGGAGGGGAUUGCAAUAAAGUGCUUCUUUGAGUUUUCAGUGACCGGGGCAAAGUUACCUGGACAAAAAUGCAUUAGCCAUCCUGACUCAUUGCUUCUCGGCCUUUUGGAUAAGAUCAAGUGUGGCUGUUCUUGACUCCUUUGUUCUAAAUCACGACAGACCAUGAUAAAUUGAGCUAAUUCUCUGGUCUAUCUUCUCUUCCUCCCUCUCUCCAUCCCUCCUCCCCCCCCCCCUUUUUUUUUGGUGGUGCUGAGAAUGUUCCCAAGGCCUUGCUCAUGCUGAGUGAGUCCCCUGCCACUGAGUCUAGGCCCAGGCCUCUCCAGUUUUUAAAAUGGAGAUGGGUGAUAAAAGCCCAGAUCAGGUGACUAGGCAGGGCACAGACAGUGUCACUUUUUCUUUUGACCCUUUAAGGUGCCAACUCAAACAUCACCUUUUGUCCUUUGUUUCUCAGUCUGCAAAGACAGCUGUGUUGUGUGUGCGUGUGUGGGGUCCCUGGGGUUCAGAGAGAGCGUAUGCUUCCGGGCCAGCAGCAACCAGGUUAGUUAGCCAUGCUCUGGACUCCUGUGCCCCCUCCCCAGCUUCUAGCUACCCCUCAAUCAAAGGCAAAGACAGUUGGUACAGUGAACAAGGCUCAUUCUGCCGCCUGCCCCGUUGGGUGCUGCUGAGCCGUCCUACCAAGCUCUGGUGUCUGUUUCCCCACUAACUGCUCGCCCACACCAAUCCCACAUCUCUUUGCAGCCGGGCCAUGUGCUCCUUUGGGAGAAAGAAGACAACCUGUAGAGCCAAGGGCAGUCUGUAGUGAGCAGCGGCUGGGGCAGAGGCUUUGGCCUGGGCCUUACUGUCCCCAGCAGGCAGUGUGCUUGGCUGCAAGACUGGAAUUAGUUGCCAUUGUCUUUGGUUCUGUGACAUUUCCACUUGAAAGGGUGAAAUUCCCCUUCCCACUCCUUAGCGUCUAUGCCAGCUUGUGAUGUCCCCGCCUGCUCUCCAGCUCCCAGGUGCCACGUGAAGAGAUGCCCAUGUGGUAGAACCUAAGAGGUGUAGUUUGGAAGUGACCCCUGUGACGAUGAUGUUUCUUUGCUUCCUCUCAGUGAGGGGGGUGAUUUGUAGAUCCUGACUGCCUAUGUGAUGUAAAUAGUGUACAUCUAAUUUAUUGCUAUGGUAGCACAUUGUAUUUGUUAAUGUAUAAAACAAAUUCUAAAAGGUUGAAAAUGUAUAUUUUGUUGCUUAAAUGUGUCUUUGCAGAAAUUGACAAUAAAUAACAUAUUUUGUGUCCA